AUGGUGUCAUUGGAACCUCCAGAAAAGACAACUAGUGAGAUAAUGGUAGACAACGACUGCCUUGAUUACUUCAAACCAAUCGGUGAAGUUGAUGAUCCGGACAUUAGACGUCAGCAGUGUGGUUCUCGUUCGGCCUGUACGGACCCCUUCCCAAAGAACUUUGAACCCGGAGAAGGGGAUGUAAUAUGCUGCGGAGGGAAAGAAGCUUUUGAGCAUGUUGGCAAUAAGCAGUACAGAAUGUACAUUGCAAAUAAUGCGGCAGCCUACAGGAAAGCCGAUUCCAGGCUUCAUAAAUCGUUCAUUGUGAGCAGCAUCAUUGAGACGGUGAAGGAAAGGACCUCCGUCAGCAGGUAUGGUGGUUUUCUCAAGAGAGAUAUUCGGACAGGCAGAUGGUAUCAGUUAGAUAAAAAAGCUUCCAGAGAAAAGGUUAGCCAUGCAUUGCGAGAAGCCAUCAAAGUCCAACAGAGGAAGGAAGCGCGCGAGAGACCAGAUACUUCUUCUGGGCGGAUUCUAGCCCGGAAGCUGCGAAAUGAAUGCAUACAAGAAGAACAUCGUCCAGAGAUGGAGCAAUGUCCAUCGAAACAACCAGCCUCUACCCCCUCUAACCUUAUCGCCAUUUUGCCUGAAAGCUCGUUUCCAUGUUGUGGUGGAGCUGCUGGUGAUGAUAGGGUACUAAGCAACAUGGCUUGUGUUGCGACUUGCGCUCAAGGUUUGACUUCUAGUGUUGGAUCUCAGCUUAGCCAAAUUUCAGACGAUGAUGAUGAUGGAUCGCUUGCUUUUGGUCUGGUAGCGUCUAUCUCUGACAACGACGACGAUUGCACUUCCACAAUAUCCUCCUCUGCGACUGGUAGUGCUCACAGCAACAGCGACUGGGAACGAUCCCUCAAAGAGAGCAACGAACGAUUCUCAAGGCCUGAAGAAAAAGAGCUAUCAUUGAACUUUGUUGCUUAG